CCUGAAAAAUUUCUCGACUCGGAGGAAAAGGGAGACUCUUGCUAAGGAAUUUAGGGCAUGUCUCACUCCAGUCGCCAAUUCUUGUAACCAACCUGGCUCUUCACGACUACAACCACCGCAAAAUCGUCCACCUUCUCCUACGAUGUGCGGCCCAGCUUUCAAUGCGUCAGCUCUACGAAAUCCAAGCCCAAGUUCUUGCCUCUCCAAUCCCCUCAAUCGAUCCCAAUCUCAUUGCCGUCAAGUCCAUCGGCGUUUCCUCCUCCCAUGGCAACCUCCGCCAUUCUGUUCUCAUCUUCAAUCACUAUCUUACUUCUCCAAACAUUUUUGCCUACAAUGCUCUUCUCAAAGCCUUUGCUCAACACAAUGCUUGGCACAGUACAAUUUCUUACUUCAAUCACCUGUUGGUAUUGCCUGAUGCUCCAAACCCAGAUGAGUACACCUUCACUUCUGUGCUCAAGGCCUGCGCUGGCCUUGCCCAGGUGCUCGAAGGCCAACAAGUCCACUGUUUUGUCACUAAAUAUGGCUGCGAAUCAAACCUGUUUGUUAGCAAUUCACUGGUAGAUUUGUAUUUUAAGGUGGGUUACAAUUGUAUUGCACAGAAGCUGUUUGAUGAAAUGGUUGUGAAAGAUGUUGUUUCAUGGAACACUUUGAUUUCAGGAUAUUGUUUUAGUGGGAUGGUGGACAAAGCUCGGAUGGUAUUUAAUGGGAUGAUGGAGAAAAACUUGGUGUCCUGGUCGUCAAUGAUCAGUGGCUAUGCAAGGAUGGGAAAUUUAGAAGAAGCACGUCAUCUAUUUGAUAAUAUGCCCAAAAGGAAUGUGGUUUCUUGGAAUGCGAUGAUUGCUGGAUAUGCACAGAAUGAGAAGUAUGCAGAUGCUAUCGAGUUGUUCAGGCAAAUGCAGCAUGAAGGCAGCUUAGCGCCAAACAGUGUUACGCUUGUUAGCGUGCUUUCAGCUUGUGCACAUCUUGGUGCACUUGAUCUAGGGAAGUGGGUUCAUGAGUUUAUAAAACGAAGCAAGAUGGAAGUAGGUCUGUUUCUAGGGAAUGCUUUGGCAGACAUGUAUGCUAAGUGUGGAUGCAUAUUGGAGGCCAAGGGGGUGUUUCAUGAAAUGCAGGAGAGAGAUGUAAUCUCAUGGAGUAUAAUAAUCAUGGGGUUGGCCAUGUAUGGAUAUGCAAAUGAAGCAUUCAACUGCUUUGCUGAAAUGAUUGAAGAUGGUUUAAAGCCAAAUGAUAUUUCCUUUAUGGGCUUAUUAACAGCCUGCACUCAUGCUGGAUUGGUUGACAAGGGGCUGGAGUAUUUUGACAUGAUGGCUCAAGUCUAUGGUAUUACUCCCAAGGUUGAGCAUUAUGGGUGUGUUGUUGAUCUUCUUAGUCGAGCAGGGCGUCUCGAUCAAGCUGAGUCGUUGAUUAUCUCCAUGCCUAUGCAACCUAAUGUAAUAGUUUGGGGUGCACUACUUGGUGGUUGUCAGAUAUACAAAGAUGCAGAACGAGGAGAACGUGUUGUUCAGCACAUACUUGAACUAGACUCCAACCAUUCUGGAAGUCUUGUUUAUCUAGCUAAUGUUUGUGCUUCAAUGGGCAGGCUGGACGAUGCAGCUAAUUGUAGGUUGCGAAUGCGAGACAAGAAGUCGAUGAAGACACCGGCCUGCAGUUGGAUUGAGAUCAACAACUCCGUAUAUGAAUUUUUCAUGGGGGACCUUUCUCAUCCUCAGUCUGCAAGAAUAUACUCAAUGAUUAGAGAAUUGAAGUGGAAGAUGAAAUUAGCAGGAUAUAAACCAAAGACAGAUCUUGUGAUCCAUAAUAUAGAUGAAGAAGAGAAGGAGGAUGCACUUUCUAUUCAUAGCGAGAAGCUUGCACUUGCAUUUGGGCUUAUCAAUACCAGUGAAGGAACUACAAUCAGAAUAGUUAAAAACUUGAGAGUUUGCAACGACUGUCAUGAUGCAAUAAAAGUAAUCUCGAAAAUUGUUGAGCGAGAGAUUGUAGUGAGAGAUAGAAGUCGUUUUCACCAUUUCAAAAAUGGAAAAUGUUCUUGUAAUGAUUACUGGUAAUAUGGAGUUUUAGUAAAAGAAUGUUUAUCAUAAUUUUGAAGUA